AUGAAGUAUAUUUUCCUCUUUGUGAACCCAACUGCUGGGGGUAAUAGAGCUUCUGUAUUUACCGAUUUCGGAGCUAACGAAAUAUCUUUCCACAAGCCCUAUAAAUGCCACCUUCAUAUUUACAACAUUUUAGAGGGUGAGACUGGGAAAAAGCCUGGGUUCCUUCACCUAAGUUCCGUAAUCAAUAACCCAAGAGAGGUUGACAAAAAUAGUCAGACUUUGGCAUCCAGUUCAAAAUUAUUUAGUAGUAAUAAUAACUCGUCAGUAGAGGGAAAAAGUGUGGAAUCUCAAAAUAUUAAAUUGGAGGAAGAAAAUUCUAAAGCUACAAAGAAUUUCAAUUCUAAGAAUAGCACAAAUGUGAACAAAGCAAAUGAACAAAAAAGCAGAACAGAGAAUGGAGAAAAAAACAAUACAGAUGAUAACACAAGAUACAUAAGAGAAGGAAACGAAAAGACAUUAGGAGAUGUUAAUAAAACAGUUACAGCUUGGGAUGAUGAAAAUAUAACUGCUUGUGUAUUAGUAGCAGGAGGAGAUGGGACUUUAAAUUGGUUUUUACAAGAAGCUGAAUAUUAUAACAUCAAUGAUGAUAAAUUUGCUGUUGGAGUUAUUCCAUUUGGCACAGGUAAUGAUUUUGCAAAAGCUUUUGGAUGGAAGAAAAUGGACGGACUUUUUAAUUAUACCUUUUUAUUUAAUAUUUUAAAAAAAAUAGUAGAUCAAACGUUUCGGUCCAAAAUUGAGAAGCAUGAUUAUUGGAAUAUUAAUGUAGUAUUAAAGGAUAAUGGAUAUUUUAAUAAAAUUAGUUCUAAAACUAAAAAAAAAGAAACUCUCACAGAGAAUAAUAAAAAUAUUAAAACGUUAAAAUUGUGUAUGAGCAAUUAUUUCAGUAUUGGUAUUGAAUCCAGAAUAGGUAGAGGUUUUGAAAGACACAGACAAAAAAGUGCUUUUGUUAACAAGCUUAUUUAUCUUGUUGAAGGAUUUAAAAAAAUUAUUUUUAAAAAGAAUAAUCCUGUCAAUUUCAUUAUAGACAAAAUGGUAACAGGUCAAAAUUUUGAUAAUGUAAUAUUUACAACAAAUCAUAAUGAUAAUAAUUCUCCUCCAUACCCCUUAUUAAAAAAAGCAAUGAGUAUUAUAUGUGUUAACAUACCAUCCUACUCAUCUGGUAAUGACAUAUGGAAUUACACGCAUAAACUUGGUUUAAAACUUCCAAAGGAUUUACCUUCGGAUCAAAAAAAAGCUUAUAAAGAUUUAAAAAAAUCACAACAAGAAGUAGGAGAUGGUAUACUAGAAUUUGUCAUUUAUAAAUCAGGUGUUGACUUAGGGUUAGAAUUUACUCUUAGGGGUAGAGCUUAUAGAGUGCAUCAGGGAGUUGGCCCUUGGAAAAUAUUCUUUAAAGAGCAAGAAUGUAAUGUUUACUUUCAAGUGGAUGGGGAGUAUUAUCUUAUGUCUUUACCCGAUUUCCUAUCUAUUGACCAUUACAAGAAGAUUAAUGUUUUGAAAAAUAUGGUCUAA